ACCGCAGCCGAGUGCAGCAGCCUCCUGCGGACCCUGCACGGCCUGGAGCAGGGCCACCUGCAGAGGGCUCUGGCCCUGCAGCGGGAGGAAGACUUUGCCGAGGCGCAGAGGCAGCUGGCCGUCUUCCAGAGGAGCGAGCUGCACAGGAUGUUUUUCACCCAGAUAGAAAGUGCUCUUUACAAAGGGGAGCUGAAGCCAGAGGCGGCAGAAACGCUACUGCAAGAUUAUUCUGAAAUGCAGGGCGAUGUGGAGGAGUUAAUGGACUUUUUCCAGGCUACUAAGAGAUACCAUCUAAGUAAGAGGUUCAGCCGCAGGGAGCAACUGGUCCAGACCAUGCAGUUGUCAGAUGUCCGUGCCCAAGGCCUUCUGAGCACCGCUGCUGCUCAGCUGACCCGCCUCAUCCAGAAACACGAGAGAGCCGGGUACCUGGAUGACGAUCAGAUGGAAAUGCUGUUGGAGCGGGCUCAGACGGAAGUCUUUUCUAUAAAACAGAAGCUGGACAAUGACUUAAAGCAUGAAAAGAAGAAGCUCCACCAAAAACUGAUAACUAAGAGAAGACGAGAAAUGCUGCAAAAGCACAGGGAGCAGCGGAGGGAGCUACUGUCCAUCGGCGAGGCCUUCCGAGCUGCGGAGGAUGCCAGCCAGUACCUCGGCGAGUGGCGGAGCGUGAUGGUGGACCACAGUGCCGCCCUGGAGGAGCUGCACGAGCAGCUGGAUCAAGCCGCCCUGGACGACCUCCGGGCCCUGACCCUCUCUCUGGCUGAGAAAGCCACGGAGGAGCUGCGACGCCUGCAGAACUCGGCGAUGACCCAGGAGCUGCUCAAACGCAAUGUGCCUUGGCUGUUCCUGCAGCAGAUCCUGGAGGACCACAGCAAGGAGAUGGCUGCCCGGGCCGAGCAGCUUGAGGGCGAGGAGCGGGCCAGGGGCCAGGCGGGUGUCCAGAGCGUGCGGCAGAGGCUGAGGGACGACGCCUUGGAGGCCUCGGCGGAGGAGCGGGCGGAGCUGAGGCUCUGGGAGCGCGCGGUCUUCACGAGGCUCUGCUCUGCGGCCGGCUCGCUGUCUGAGGAGGAGCUGCUCAGGAUAAGGCAGGAGGCCCAGGGCUGCUUCUCUCAGAUGGACCGGAGCUUGGCCCUCCCCAAAAUCCGGGCCCGGGUGCUGCUGCAGUACUGCCAGGCUGCGUGGCGAGAGGCCGAGUUCCUGAAAUUGGACCGAGUUCUGGCCGCCCCCGAGCUGCAGCAACCGUGCAAAGGGAGAAAGUCGCGUGCGAAGAGGAAAAGCAGAGCAGAGCUUUGGAAGAAGGGCCUGGAAGAGAGGAUCCACCUGCUUGAGGAGCAGGCGUCUGAGGAGCUGCUGGAGAAGGAGCUGCAGGAGCUGGAGAGGAAGCUGGAAGAGCAGCUGGUGCGUGAGGACGCAGUUCACCAGCAGCACGGCCUGGCAAGCUGGCAGCAGUGGGGGCCCGAGGGGCCUGGGCUUCUGAAUGAGCCUGUGCAGGGCGGUUCCGAAGGGCAGGUCUCUGCCGUCCUGCGGCAAGCUCUGAGCCAGCACCGGAGGAUCCUGGAGCACCAUGAGCAGAGUUUGAGAGAAGAGCAACAGAACAGUGUCGUGCUUGAAGAUUUGAUGGAAAAUAUGGAGACUGAUACCUUCGUGACACUCUAUGGCCAGGAGCUGAGACUGGCGUCUUACCUCAUGAGGCUGGCGAUGGUGCCGGGGACAACGUUGCGCCGCCUCCUGAGUGUGGUCCAGCCUGCAGCCUCACAGCCCGAGCUGCUGUCCAUGCUGGACACGGUCAGUGAGAAACAUGCGGAGCACACGGCCACCGCGGACAACAGUGGCGCUGGGGAGCUGGGCAGGAGGAGGAAACACCAGGGCUGGUGGCAAGCCUUGGAGAGCAGACUGCGAGGAGAGCUGAUCAGCAGAGGACGGGAGAAAGUGCUCUGGGCUCACCGGAGGAAGGAGAGCUUAUUGAAGAAGACGUGUCUCCCUGUCACCGAGAGGGUGGUAUUCCCUGGAAAAGGAAGUUGGCCCCACCUGUCUCUGGAGCCACUCGGCGAACUGGCCCCUGUGUCUAUUAUAGGGGCAGAAAGUGUUGACUUGUUAAACACAGGCGAAAAGCUCUUUAUAUUCCGGAAUCUGAAGGAGCCAGAGAUCACACUGCAUGUUCCUGCCAGGAAAAAGAAGAACUUUCUGAAUUCCAAAAAGGCCAUUUGGGCCUUAGGCAUGGACUAG